AAACUUCCAAACUUCAAAGAAAGAAAAGGGCUCUCACCAUCAAGGUACCACCACAUUGCUGGGAGAUUCAUUUGCUAUCAACGCAGAAGAUAGUUGCAUUCUAACGCCCUUCAGUACGCACAGUUCAUCAUGCUCCAUCGGGCUUGCUAUCUGUUCUAUUUCACGUGGAUUGGAAGUGCCUUCACGGGGGCAUUUACGCUGCCUCCUCCAAUUUUUAGCGCAAGAGUUACCCCCACAUUUUCAUCGGCCGUCUAUUCUUCUUCUGCCGCCACGGAAGAAGAAUCUGCCGUCAAGAAGACUACUAAGAAACGACAAGAAGACUAUGCUCGGGGAGCCGCUCUGCUGCUGGAAAAUGUGGCCAUUUCACGAGGACCAGCCCAAAUAUUAAAGAGCAUUGAUUGGCGUGUGGAACCUCGGACCAAAUGGGCAUUAAUUGGAGGCAAUGGGUCUGGAAAAUCCACCCUGCUGAAAGCUGUGGCGGGAGAAAUCCUGUACGACGGAGACAUUCAUCUGGGCGGUGGGGAUAUUGGUUAUCUCCAGCAAACUGCCGUCAGUGGAUCCACCAAGACAGUCUAUGAGGAAGCCGCGUCUGGAAUGGUAGAAUUGCAGAAGGCCAAGGAUUAUCUGGAACGUAUACAACAACAACUUGCCAAUGCGGAUGAUGAUAAUGGUCAAGACAAUGAGAAACUGCUCCAGGAACUGGACCGAGCCAACACACUAUUUGAAGCAGCCGGUGGAUACACACAAGAACAAAAGGUUGCCACGGUUUUGAAAGGUCUGGGAUUUCAUGACUUGGAUAUACGCUGUGAUGAGUUGUCAGGAGGAUGGCAGAUGAGAGUCUCCUUUGCAAAACUGUUGCUAAGUGAACCAAAACUUUGUCUCAUGGACGAACCAGGAAAUCAUCUGGAUGCCGCUGCUAGAAAGUGGUUGGCCAAUUAUCUUGCCACCUACGAUGGUGACGGGACAAUGCUGUUGGUCACUCACGAUGUACAGUUGCUCGAGUCUAUGGAUCACAUUGCGGAAAUUACACCCACUGGCAAUCUACAAGUCUACAAAUCCUGUACGUACCCUCAAUAUUUGGAAUUGAAACAGCAACGAGCGCUGGCAUCGCGGGCAGAAUUCGAGCGCAAUCAGGUAAAGGCAGCCAAACUGCAAGGCUUUGUAGAUAAAUGGGGAGCAUCCGCUACCAAGGCAUCUGCGGCUCAAUCCAGAGUCAAACAACUCGAAAAGAUGGGGCGAGAGGGAUUGUUGGAUGAGCCGGAUGAAGCAAUCGUGGCGGAGCGGUUCAAACCGACACUGGUCUUGCCAGACCCUCCGCGCGCUAUCGGAGACACCUUGUUGGCUCUCAACGAUGCAUCGGUUGGAUACGACAAUGACAAACCCCUUGUGGAAGGGGUCAAUUUGGAAAUUGUGAGAGGAAUGAAAUUGCUUAUCCGGGGUCCCAAUGGAGCAGGGAAAAGCACAUUGCUUCAUUCGUUGAGAGGAACACUGCCUCUGAUUGAGGGAGAGCGGACCAAAAAUGCACAGCUUGAAUUGGGUGUUUUCACUCAAGACUUGGCCCAAGAGCUUGAUGGUGAAUCGAGGGCCGUUGACAUUGUCACACAGUAUGCCCGAACCGGAUUUGACGUCACUAUUUCGGAUGAACAAGCCAGAGGUGUCAUGGGUAGGUUAGGGCUGACAGGUGAAAAGGCGUUGCGCAGAAUCAAAGAGCUGUCAGGAGGCGAAAAGGCGCGAGUUGCUUUGUCAAACUUUUCCAUCAAACCAUCAAACUGCAUAUUGCUGGACGAAGUGUCAAAUCAUUUGGAUCAGGAAUGCGUGGAGGCACUCAGCGACGCCCUGACCGAUUGGGGCAAAGAUGAUGGGGCUGUUGUGGUGAUAUCUCACGACAAAGAAUUCUGUUCCAAGGUGGGUUUCACUCAUGUCGCCACGGUCUCAGAUGGCAAGUUCAAGCUAGAACAAAGAAGCAUGAGAAACGACGACUGGCAAGUAGUCAGAACGACAUUGGGUGAGACUGACAAGGAGGGAACCGAAACAGGGCAACCAGCCAAAGCUGAAGUCGAUCCAGCAAUUCGAAAGAAGUUGUUCAAUGCACCUAAAAGAAUAUCAAAGUUGGAGGAACUGCUAGAAAAGACCGAGGAAGAAAUCGCGUCUCUGGACGAAGAAAUGUUAGCCAACGGGAGUGACGUGGGAAAGCUAGUCGACUUAUCCAAGAAAAAGGAAGAGCUGGAAGCUAAGGUCGAAGAGUACAUGGAGGAAUGGGAAGAGUUGGAGAUGCUCCUGGCCGAAUCACAAUAGGCAUCAACCAGUACAGUCUUCACCAACCAGUGAUUCAGCGGCUUGGUGUUGUGACCUGCACUGCCUGCAGCGUUUGGCAUUUCAAGGCUAAAAGGCUGCCCUGAAUAGUUCUUGCGUCAAAAUCGGAAAACCAACGCAAGCACCCAAAGCAACAACCACAAAAGAUUCAUCACGAUCCACCAGGGAGCGGGACUGCUAGUAGUGCCUCAGGGCGUUUGAUAUUGAUGACUGGCUAUAGCAAAAUCGCAGUAAAUUGAUUCCCUCUUAGUCAACAUCGAAUCAUUCAAGAUUUA